AUGCAUUGCCGCCGAAUCGCAUCUUCUGUCAAGAUUUGGUAGUGGAUGUUUUGUAAAUAUGUCGAAAUUAUCGAGGAAUGAAGCUGCCUCAUUACACUCAAAAAUGUUACGAGAAAUGACUCUUCUUGAUGUGAUGUGUCCCGUGUGUAGAGGGAUAUUGAUCGAGCCUGUGACGAUGCCGUGUUAUCAUUGUUUAUGUAAACUGUGUUUUGAGAGAACUAUGGAAGAAGCAAGUUUGUCGUGCCCAAUGUGUAGGAAGCGCAUAGGUGGAUGGUUCAGAAAAAAUUCUAAGACAGGAAAAUUGAUCGAUUCAAAAUUAUGGAAGGAAAUAAAGACUCAAUUUCCACACCAAGUAGGAGCCAAAUUGAAAGGUGAAGAUGAUGGUAUUCCCGAAGACGUGCUGACGCAGUUCGCGCCCCAGCAGCAGCUGUGCGACACGGGCGAGAUCCGCCGGGAGUACGAGCUGGACCUGAAGAAGCUGCAGGACGAGGAGAGGAGGAGACAGGAGGAGGAGGAGAGCAAGAGCGCGGCACUGAUCGAGCAGCUUCAGGAGGAGGAGAUGCAGCUGAGGCUGCGGCUGAAGCAGGCCGAGAUGGACGAGCGUCUCGCGAGGCAGCUGCAGGACGAGGCCUCGCAGAGCCCGGGCCAGCCGGAACCCCGGGACGGAGACAAGGAGAACAACGUGCAUCCCAGCGGGACGGGGGCCAUGCCCGCCCCCAACAAGGGCCCCAUGGACGCCUUCCUCACGCUCAAGAAGGCUGCGGGCUCCUCCAGGUGCCUCAGCCCCGCAGACCUCAACGGCAAGGCCCGGCCCCCCGCUGCAGGGGUCGGGGGGAAGCCGCGCUGCGCGAGCGACGCCAGCACGGACAGCAUCCACCAGGAGAUGCACCACUUCAAGCCCAUCAGAGCCGUGCCGCGCACGCCACCCAAGAGGAUGCCAGAUGGCAGGGUUGUGGAGCCGAAACUGAUAAAGUCCAUCCCGAGGAACCUCAACGAGGUGUAUGAUGAGAUGUCGGUUCCUGGGAAGAGCGUGGUGCCCGCGGCGGGCCUGGGACACUGCGUGGACCUCAGCAGUCCGUCCAGCUCGGCCGACACCGGGGCUGCCCCGUCCGCCUUCGCAGGCAAGUGUCCGUCCCCCUGCUGUGUCCAUGACCCUGCGCUUGACUGCAACGAUACUGCUUUAUUGGUGCCGUGAAGCAAUUUAGCAGACAGUGUCGCAUUUCUUUUGUCGUGUGCACCUACGUGUAGGCAUGUAGCAUAUUCUUUAUAAACAUUAUUCAAAUGAACGUAUAUUUAGGGACCCAGGAAAAUCGUGA